CCUGCCUUUGAAAGCCUCACCUGGAUGUGCAGGGUGGCCCCGGGUCCCUGCCCUGGGUGUCCCAGCCGGGAGGAGCAGGGGCUGCAGAGACACGGAGGAGCCUCCGGAGAACUCCCUGCUGGCAGCCCGGGCCAAGGGGGAGGAGUUGUGUCUAAAAAAACAAACCCAACCUGUCGUUCUCAGCUCUGCCAACCUGUCAGUCCAGCCAUGCGAGGAGAGAGGGAGACAGACAGAGCGAAAGGAAGGAGGGGGGUGAAGCCGAGAUUCUUUCAAACCUCAGCGGGACAUUAAGAUUUCCAAUGACCAAAGAAAACAACCCCUGGGACCCUCUGUAAGCUGAGGCAGAGAUGAGGAAGAUGAACGACCAAAGUGGCUGCUACAGGCCCGUGAAUAUCCAGGGAAACAAGGUCAGCUACCGCGGCACCUGCCAGGAGAGCCCGGAAAAGGAGGUGAAAAAGCUGCAGAAGAGGUUUCUCCACAAGGACGGCAGCUGCAACGUCUACUUCAAGCACAUCUUCGGCGAGUGGGAGAGCUACGUGGUGGACAUUUUCACCACGCUGGUGGACAUCAAGUGGCGCCACAUGUUUGUGAUUUUCUCGCUGUCCUACGUGCUCUCGUGGCUGUUCUUCGGCCUGGCGUUCUGGCUGAUCGCCGUCCAGCACGGGGACCUGUUCGGCGAUGAGGAGGUCACCCCGUGCGUGGCCAACGUGCACAGCUUCACCGGAGCCUUCCUCUUCUCCCUGGAGACCCAGACCACCAUCGGGUACGGCUACCGCUGCGUGACCGAGGAGUGCUCGCUGGCCAUCCUCAUGGUCAUCCUGCAGUCGGUGCUGAGCUGCAUCAUCGACACCUUCAUCAUCGGGGCGGCCUUGGCCAAGAUGGCCACGGCCAGGAAGAGGGCCCAGACCAUCCGUUUCAGCUACUACGCCGUGGUGGGGCUGAGGGACGGCAAGUUCUGCCUGAUGUGGCGCAUCGGGGACUUCCGGCCCAACCACAUGGUGGAGGGCUCGGUGCGCGCGCAGCUGCUGCGCUACAGGGAGGACAAGGAGGGCAGGAUGACCAUGGAGUACCGGGACCUGAAGCUGCUCAACGACCAGAUCAUCCUGGUCACACCCGUCACCGUCGUCCACGAGAUCGACGGCGACAGCCCCUUGUACGGCCUGGACCGCAAAGCUCUGGCCAAGGACAACUUUGAGAUCCUGGUGACGUUCGUCUACACGGGGGACUCCACGGGGACUUCCCACCAGUCGCGCAGCUCCUACGUCCCCAGGGAGAUCCUGUGGGGCCACAGGUUCAACGACGUCCUGCACGUCAAGAAGAAGUACUACAAGGUGGACUGCCUGCAGUUUGAGGAGACCACGGAGGUGUACGCGCCCCACUGCAGCGCCAUGCAGCUGGACAGGAAGGAGCAGGAGUGGAACCGCGCCGGGAAGACGCGGGAGAAGCAGGCGGAGAAGUCAGCCCUGGAAGUGAAGCCCGACCAGAAGUCCUUCAGCGCUGUGGCCCUCGUCACCAGCUGUGAGGAUCCUGAGGAGCCCGUGACAGCUUCCAGCCAGCCUCCUGCAGAGGUUUCCUACAGGAAAGCAGCCGUGACCUUGAACAGGCUCUCCAUAGAGUCCCAAAUCUGACUUUCCUUGCCAUUAAAACCCCUCCCAACAAAUCCUCCCCUCGUAGCUCCUCGAACACAAACAAUGAGCAAUGUGCAGCAGUAUUUGUAUCCCAGACCUCGUGCCCACACUGUCACACACUGUCACACACUGUCCCACACUGUCACACCCUGCUGGGCUGCUGUGGGCACAAGGGAGCAGCUUCCACUUGGGAUGCCCGGGAGCCCCUGCACUUGAGCAAACCCUGUGAGAAUUUCCUCCCCCUGCAGGGACCAGGGUUGGCCGUGCCCAGAGACACAGGAUGACCUCAGUGGGGCACACAAACCGUGCCCUGUGCCCUCUGGGCAGGGGUUUCAGAGCUGCCUCUCGUUGGUUUGGAAUGCCCCAUUCCCAGUCUCUCCAGGAAGCUCCGUUAUUCCAACAGAUGAUUCCUGAAAUGCAGCCUCAUCGCAGAGCUCCUCUGGGGAAUCUGUGGGGCUGAUCUUUGUAAGACAAAGGAAUAACUGACCCCAGUGUUCCUGGGUGGCUUUGGACACCUGUUCACAGCCUGCCCAGCCCUGUGGGAUCCACAGUGGGAUCCUGGAAAGUUUCACUCCCUGAUCAUGAGCCAUUCCCUGAGGUGCCGCUGCCUCAGCAGCUGGAGGGAUGCAGGAGGUCAAAAAACAAUCAAAGCAAGACCUCCAGUGUUAAAUCAGCAAAAUCAGGUUGAGCCUUGAGGAGAAAAUCAUGUCUGGAUUGAGCUGUGCAAUAUCUUAUAUCAAAUCCUCUUUCAUUUCAUUUCAUCUCGCUUUUCUUUUUAGCGUGUUGUGCUUCCUUGCAAAGACAAAAAUCAGUCUGGAGAACAAACAGGGUGAUUUUGUCAAAAUGAAAAGCGCUUGUCUGAGAUGGCUGUGCAAAAAUGCUCCUUCCCUGAGAAAUCCAACAACUCCUCUGUCAGCCCAAACUGGGAAAAAAAGGAAAAGGUUGCUGCUCUGAAGGUGUCUGUGACGUGGAGGUUCUGUGCUCUGCACAUCUCUGUAAUUAUCUAGUGAGCAAUCCCUCAUCAUGCUUUUGCCCCUGAUGAUUGCAGCUCAUUUACGUUGUGUUUAAUUAUCCUGCAAAUGUAAAGUAAUCCCAUCGGAGUUUGUGGGGCUGAUCUCACCUGACCUUAGCAGCAAAGAAAUUCAGUGUUUGCCUGCUCUCUGUGCUCACUGGAACUCUGCUGUCUCCACAGGGGGGUUCACUCCACCUUCCCCAGGUUUUUAGGGAGCUGAGGGCAGCAGGAUCAGUUUAUCCUGGAAAAGCUCAUCCCUCUCCAUUUAUUGCUGAAGGAGGUGAAACCACUGCUGUGGAAAUGCUGGCUAACUUUAGGCUGCUAAAAUUAGGUCUGACGAGUCAUUCACAUCAUUCUGACUAAUUAAUUGGGUUUUUAUGAGCUCAUCACAUUUAAUGAAGAAAAAAAUAGCCUGCUAAGUGGUUGGUGUUUUUUUUUCCCUGCUAUUUACUCCAUGUAGUAGUAGGAUUGCUGGAUUAUUUUAAUGUAUUUUUCUUUUGCUAGUGCUUGUCUCUGGAUAAACACAAUUCCUUUAGGUAAAACUGAAGCCUGGGGGGGUGUUAGUUAUUCCAAAACUCAUUAAUUAUCCUAUUUUAUGUGCUGAUUCAUCAGCAGCAGCCCCUUAUAAGUGCAGUAAAAACCAUCUUGUUGUAUCCUGGAUUUAAACACUGGCAGACAUGGGGGAAAUAGUCUAGGAAAAAAUGGCAAGGAAUGUAGGAAAAUGUAGGAAAAUGUGGAAGGGUCUCAGUACUUCUGUGGUGUUGGAAAAAAACACCAUUGGGAUUGGAUAAAAUAGAAUAUCACCUUCCAGACAUGGGAAUUAACCCUUCCACUGCCCUCAGGUCCUGGCUGGGAUGCUUUUAUUUAAUGCUGGGCACCCCUUUUUGGGAAAGACGUGGGGGAAUUGGAAGGGGAUUGGGAGAUGUGGAAAAGCUGUCAGUGAGGAAGGAGGGAAAUGGCUCACGGUGUUUCAGUCCUAAAAAGGGGUGGGAGGGAAAGAGCUCUCAAACACAGAAAUUGAAUUUGGGGAGGGGGGGGAAAUCUGCAGCUGGGAGAGGAUGGGACAGGAAAAUACAGGAUUAAACUGCGGGAAAAUGAGGGAAAAUAAUAAUUAAAAAAACACUUAACAAAGGUGAGGGUGACAGAGAUGAGUUUGUAACCUCUGUGGUGGCUCUGGGAAACCUGGAGGAGGAGGAAGCAGAGUCACAAAUGACAGGAAAGCCAGCCUGGAACUUCCCAAGCCUUCUGCUGUGGAGGCCAAUAAUCCAGUCACUAAUGGAGAUGCUCUCUCUUGGAGAGGGAGCAGCCGUUGGGUUUCAUGGAUGCGGUAGCUCCCCUGAGGGAGAAACCCUGGGAGAGAGCUCCCCUCAGGGUGAGCAAAUGUGUUCCACCCAUGAGGCUUUGUGGUUAAUAUGUUAAUUAGUUAUACCUCAUUGGUUCUUUCCCUACUGCCUCCUUUUUGCCCUACCUGAUUGGUCCGUUUCCAAUCCUUCCUCUGAUUGGUUUAUUUCUCCUUUUUACCCUAUCUGAUUGGUCUGUUUCCAAUCCUUCCCCUGAUUGGUUUAUUUCUCCUUUUUGCACUACCUGAUUGGUCCAUUUUCAAUCCUUCCUCUGAUUGGUUCAUUUCUCCUUUUUGCCCUAUCUGAUUGGUCCAUUUUCUAUCCUUAUCCUGAUUGGUUCAUGUGUCAUUUUUUACCCUACCUGAUUGGUCUGUUUCCAAUCCUUCCCCUGAUUGGUUUAUUUCUCCUUUUUGCACUACCUGAUUGGUCCAUUUUCAAUGCUUCCCCUGAUUGGUUCAUUUCUCAAUCCUCCACCCGAUUGGCCAGGUUGUGUAACCCCGCCCCCUGGCUGCCCUGUGUGUCCUUACUCUCGCGGGUUCUCUUGUUCUUCACCCCUGGAGCCCUUGGAGGAAGCAGCAGACCCAACCAAAGUGACAACACGCGCAUCCCCCAGCAGGAACACAGACCUGAGCCUCCAGUCAUUCCCAAUUAAUUGGAGCAAAAUUCCCACCAGCCCAAAGGGAAGAACUUGGAUAUAUUUUGGGCAGUUCAGAGGUGAAACAACAGGACCUUCCUGCUCUUCCAGAGCCUUGCACAUCUCCUUGGGGCUUCCAGAAGCCAAUUCCUGAAGCUGAGGUUCAGCAGCUCCUUCCCAGCCACCACUAAGAGGCAGGAAUUGGAGUUUCUGUGUGAAAGUUGCUCACCCCGUCCCCGACUUUUCCACAAAAUUUACCAGCUGAAGCCAAAUUCUAAACAACAAAGAGCAAGCACAAACCACCCUGCACUGGCCUCCUGACUCAUGAUUAAAACUUCACCCUGGUUAUUUUCCCUUGGAAAGCAGCACCGUUGUUCCGGGUCAAGAUUAAUUUAUGUCAAAGGGGGUAUAAUAAGAGAUUAUUAUAUCAUUUAUUUUUCCA